AUGGCUGAGAGUACAGAACAAUGGUGGAGUCAAGGUAAAUGGAAUGACACAACAAUUUUAUGUGAACAAGUUGAACCACAUAAAGUUUACAAAGGGUUUUGGGAAAAUGAAUUAUAUCUUAGAGAUACUUAUACAUCGACUAUAUUGUGUAAUCUUUCUAUAAUCUUGGGUUUAACUACCUUCACUUGGUACUUGCUUAAGCCUCUUCAAACGCCAUUAACGUCUCAAAUGAUUGGUGGUGUGCUUGUAAUGGGACUAUUAUUUUCGAAUCGAUUAUUCGAUUACCACAAAUUGCUACCACCAACAGUUGUAUACGUACUACAAACAAUGUCAUCAGUAGGCUUCGUUUUACAAUUAUUCAUGGUGGGAUUAGAAACAAACAUGAGUGUGAUUAUAAGAAGAUUACAAUUGAAAUCUAUUGUCAUAAGUUUAUCUGGCUUAGCGCUUGCUUAUGUAUUCAGUGCUCUUGCAAUCCUUGCAACCAACGAGUUCAAAGCCAUUCGACUACUCGAAAAACCUUCCAUAAGUCUCCUCAUUUUGGUGGCUCUUAAUGCACAAACCUUCUUCAUGGUUAUAUGUCACAACCUAAACGAUCUUGGCAUAAGUAAUUCUGAUAUCGGUCGUAUGGCUUCAUCGAUAGCCUUGAUCCCGGACCUUGUCCUAAUGGUGACAAACUUAGUCAUGACUUUUAUUAUACCGCCUUUUUUUAACGGGUCUAAACUUGAAACGAGGAAGGCGUUCAUCACUCUAGGAUACUAUAUUCUAGUAUUCUUGGUUUUUAGGCCAAUUGUUUUGUACAUUAUAAGUCAAACACCUGAAGGAAGGAAUAUGAGGAAUUCCCACUUCAUGUACAUUUUUUUGAUUGUUCUUAUUGUAGCUUGGAUUGGUGAAGUGCUCGAUGAAUUGCUACCGGUUUUUUUAUUUUCUUUAACCCUACCGGAACACCCUUUGUCGUCGGUUUUCUCAGCGAAAUUGGAAGCUAUUACUUCUUGUGUUUUCUUCCCUUUGUAUUGUGCAAUGCAAGGGUUUAAAACCGAUUUUUUCUCUUUGACCAAAAGAGCUUAUGAGUUAGAAUUUUUGUUGAUUGUUGGUUAUAUUGGCAAGUUUUUGGGAACUAGCUUUACUUCAAGGCUAUAUGGGGUACCUUUUCGGAACUCUUUGGCCCUUUCUCUCAUCAUAUCUUCAAAAGGGUUAUUGGAUGUAGCUGCAAUUGGGAUUAUGAGAGACAAAGGCUGGUUGAACGUAGAAGAGUACACAUUAGCAAUGUUUCAUUAUUUGAUCUUAACUGGAGCAUUAUUGCCACUAGUUAAACUUUUCUACGAACCAUUAAGUCAAUACACUUCAAUUUUUAGGCCGAGUGUGACAGAUUCAACCAACAACAAUACAUUUCAAACAUUAACAUGUCUUUACAAGGAAGAUAAUUUGCCUGGAAUUAUACGUCUCAUCGAGGCGUUUCAUCCUACACGAACAAGGCCAAUCCCCGUGAUUUUGCUCCAACUCAUGCCACUAACCGGUCGUUGCACCAUGCCUAUCAUGGCACCCUUGGAUCAAGUCAAGUCAUUGCCUAUGUUCCGUACAAAGAUUGCAUUUUCAAAUCGUAUAGUUGAAUCUUUCUUAAACCUCGAACGUGAGUCUAAAGGCUACACCCGCCUAAAGCACUACAUAUCCAUUUCUUCCUAUGAAACCAUGCACAAUGAUAUAUGUAGCCUUGCUUAUGAGAAAGAUGCAAGCCUACUUAUUUUACCAUUUCACUUGCAAGUACAAUGGACUAAGGUAGGGAAAAUAAUCGAAGACUCUUCGUUAUCUCUGAGGGAAGUUAAUAAGAUGGUGCUCGAAAAGGCACCAUGCUCGGUUGCCUUGUUGCUAGAUAGGGCCGAUCCUCACUUAGGUAUAAUCGAUACAAAUAUUUAUCAAGUAGCAAUUAUCUUCAUAGGAGGGGUAGAUGACUUGGAAGCUCUCGCGUUUACUAGACUAUUUGGUAAUCAUCCAAAUGUUAAGGUAAUUGUCCUUUGGUUAAAAUCUCCAAAACAAGAUAAAUAUAACGCCUUAAAUCAUGAGAUGAUAAAGAACUUCCAAGCUUCCGGUAGAAUGGAGAACGAGAGACUAAUGACAUUGAAGGAGGUGAUUGUUAAUGAUGGCGCUGACACCACUAAUGUUUUGCUCUCAAUGAAUGGUGUUAUUGAUUUAGUGGUGGUAGGAAGACACCAUGACUUUGAAUGUGCACCAUUAUAUGGACUUUCUUUUGAUGGGUUUUGUGAAUAUCCGGAGUUAGGGAUUCUUGGUGACUUAUUAGCUACCCCGGAUUUUGGGUUCUCGGUUUUAGUAGUUCAACAAGAACCGAAGAAUGAUUUACAAGAAGAAUAUGAUGCUCUCAUUGAUAAUGGAACUUGGGAGUUAGUUCUGCGACCAUCUAAUGUGAAUAUUAUUCAUUCAUUGUGGAUUUGUUGGCAUAAAACGAACUCUGAUGGCUCUUUUGAGAGACAUAAGGCUCGUAUCGUUGGUGAUGGAUUCAAGAAUCCUACUCGUCCUGAUCAUGUCUGCCUUCUUCGAAAAUCUCUAUAUGGUCUAAAACAGGCACCCAAAGCUUGGUAUCAACGUUUUGCAGAUUUUGUUGCUACUAUCGGAUUUACUCACAACAAGUCCGAUAAUUCACUUUUCAUCUAUAACCAUGGUAAUGCUACUGCCUACAUUCUUCUCUAUGUUAAUGAUAUUGUCCUUACUGCUUCUUCAGAGUCUCUUCACCAUCAUAUUAUUUCACAGCUUAGCUAUGAAUUUGCAAUGAAAGAUUUGGGUGCAUUGAGCUAUUUUUUGGGUAUUGUUGUCUCCCGGGACAAAAAUGAUUUAUUUUUGUCUCAAAAGAAAUAUGCUCUAGAAAUAAUUGAAAAAGCAAGCAUGGCUAAUUGCAAACCUUUUUCUACUCCUGUUGACUCCAAAAGGAAGUUAAGUACUACUUCCGGUGCUCCAUAUGAUGAUUCGACUUCUUAUCGUCGACUAUGUGGUGCUUUGCAGUAUUUGACUUUCACUCGUCCUAAUAUAUCAUAUGUGGUGCAACAAGUUUGCUUGUUUAUGCACGCCCCCUGUGUAGAGCACAUGGAUGCGUUAAAAUGCAUAUUUCGUUGCAUCCAAGGUACGCCUGAAUUUGGUUUGCAUUUGUAUAAGUCAUCCGUUUCUUCUAUCAUUUCAUACACGGAUGCCGAUUGA